GUAAAUUCAUAUCCAUCAUGCCCACUUAGACGGUUAGACACUUAGACCUCCUCCGGCUAAAAGCCUAAAAGUUUAUUAUAAGCACACCCGAUGGAGAAUAUGGAAUGGAAGCCCCCCAAGCCGGAGAAAAAACUCUCUCUCUCUCUGCCAAAACGCUUCCCGUCAGAACUUACCGGAAGGUUUUCGAGUCCCCUCUGAGCAGCGCUGAUAAAUUUUCUAACGUUCUGUUUUUCUUCUGAGUGAUGGGUGUGAGUUGCCGCUGCUCUCAUACUUUUCAUAUCACCGUGAUCAUCAUCACGAGCUUCUUCCGUCACAAGAUUUAGAUCAACUGGGAACUCAUGGCCACCAGAUCCUCGUAAGAAGGCAUGUCCGUUUGAAUUUUCCAGGAAUUCGAGAACAAGCAAGGCCGGAAACAAUGGAGGCGGGUAGGAGGGUCUAUAACUAUAACGGUUCCAAUAUGACCGUUAUACUUCGAAACGAAGGGAUUCCUCGCUCUUCAGAGGCUCUGCUCAUUUCCAGCUCUUCUCCUACUACUUUCCAUGGUUCGAGGAGUUCCAUGGUUAGCUUUGGAGUAGACAGAGGAAAUACACCAGAAAGGUCUUUCUUCUUCCAACCACCUGAGCAAGAAGAAAAUGGUGAUGAGGACUUGGAUGAUUGCUUUCAUCAACCUGAGAAGAAGAGGCGACUUACAGCUGAGCAAGUCCAAUUCCUCGAGAGGAAUUUUGAGGUGGAGAAUAAGCUUGAACCAGAAAGAAAAGUUCAACUCGCGAAAGAGCUUGGCUUGCAGCCUCGGCAGGUGGCAAUAUGGUUUCAGAACCGCCGGGCCAGGUGGAAGACAAAGCAACUGGAGAAGGACUACGAAGGUCUUAAAGCUAGCUACAACAGCCUCAAGGUUAACUAUGAUAACCUCGUAAAAGAGAAGGAAAAACUGAAAACUGAGGUUCUUCUCCUCAAAGACAGGUUCCUCCUGAAAGAGAAAGAGAGGGGAAGCUCAGAAACAUCUGAUCCGAAAAACCCUCCCAAUCCCCAGCCACAGAAAGCCAUUCCGAAUACGACUUCUGAAGAGAGGGAAUCUGAGGUGCCAAUUGUGGUCUGUAAACAGGAAGAUAUUAGCUCAGCCAACAGCGAUGUCUUUGGUUCUGAAAGCCCAAAUUAUGCCAAUGCAGGCAACUACUCUUCCCUCCUGGAGCCUGUUGAUUCGUCCCAUGUAUUCGAACCCGAUCACUCGGAUCUCUCGCAGGAUGAAGAAGAUGAUAUGAGUAAGAGCUUGUUUCCGGCUAUGUAUAACUUGUCAAAGCUCGAAGAUGCUGUUUACUCCGGUCCGGCUGGACAUUCUUGUAACUACGGACUCCUGGGCGAGGAUCAGGCCCUUUGGUUUUGGUCUGAGUUUUAAUGGGUGUAUGUAUAUGUAUUUAUCUCUCUCUUUUGGUUUAAAAUACAAGCAAUAAAACAAUUAAUGGCAUCCCAAACCAGAUGUGGUGGUUGGGGGUGGCCGGUGGGUUUUGUUCAUUGUUGCAGAUGGUUUGCUUUUGUCUCUUUCUGUAAUUUUUUUUUCCUCUGUCCGGGCUACACUUUAUGAGCUCAUCAGGAAGCUUUUUAUUUGAUGAAUGUAAAUUUCUGUUUGUUCCAUAGCUUCCAAAGAAACUAGUGGAUUUGAUCUUGUCUGUUAA